UUUGAAGCUGCCAUAGUUAUUGGUUUGAUAUUAUUAUUGCCGAAUUUACCACCUUAUUCUAAUUUUUCUAAUUCAAUUAGACUACCACCCACAAAACCUUUGGAAGGCAAAUUAGCUUUGAAUGAGAAACUGAACGGUGUCGAAAUUUGGCAUGAAGGAGAUCUUUUGGGUCCUGAGGCAUUUGCAGAUUUCAAUGGUGAAUUGUACACUUCAAUAGUUGGUGGAGACAUUGUGAAGUUGGUGGGAAAUGAUAUCAAACCAGUUGCUAAAACGGGUAAACCUUGCAAAUCUUUACACGAAGAAAGCAUAUGUGGUAGACCGCUAGGUAUGAGAUUCAAUAAAAAUGGGGAUCUCUUUGUUGCCGAUGCUUACUAUGGAAUCAUGAAAGUGAAUGUUGAAACAGGUCGGAAGGAAGUAAUCAUAAGCCCUGACCAAGAAAUUGGUGGUAGGAGAGUAAAGUUAUUCAACAGUAUUGCUCUAGCUGAGAAUGGGGAUAUUUAUUGGACUGAUUCUUCUGAGUUUAGUCUAGAAGAUGGUAUUUUCUCAAUGCUAGCAGAUCCUUCUGGCAGACUCAUUCACUAUGAUGCUAAAUCAAAAACAAACCGGGUCCUCAUCGACAACAUUCACUUUGCCAAUGGUGUUCUGCUUUCUGACGAUGAAGAAUUUGUUAUAGUAGCCGAAACAGUUGGAAACCGAAUAUUUCGUUACUAUUUGAAAGGACCAAAAAAAGGAACCCGUGAUGUUUUCAUUGACGGCUUGCCGGGUUUACCAGAUAAUUUAAAAUCAGACGGACAAGGUGGAGUUUUGAUAACGCUCAUCAAACCAGUUGAUUCAGAGAAUCCUAGUCCUGCUCAUAUUUUAUUACCGUUCCCACUAAUUCGGAAAUUUGUGGCCAGAGUCCUUGGUAUUUUCGAACUUGGGUUCGAGACUUUAAACAAAUUUUACCCUUCAGAAUUUGCACAGAAAGCUGUUCAUAAGAUUGGACACUUCACUACACUACCUGAUAUUUUUGAACCCAGUCGAACAAUGGUAAUUAGAGCAACAAAAAGUGGCGAUAUAAUCGAAAAUCUCUCUUCCACUAACAAAAGAUUGAAAAACUUUUGUGAAGCCCACUUUUUCAACAAUUAUCUCUAUCUUGCUUCACCGUUCAACGAUUUUAUUGGUCGGAUUCCUUUGUCUGAAAUCGGAUGGGAACAUCUCAGUCCAGAAAGGGUUAAAAGGGAGGUUCCAGUAAUUCAACCGAAAACAGAAACUGUGUCAACUACCACAAAACCUACCAUGACAGCACAGUCAGUUAAGCAGCAACAAGCACCUCCUUCAAAACAGCAAACCACGUCUGCUCCUGCGCGACAAACCACCCCAACUCCUACCAAACAACCUCCUUCUCGACAAAACACACCAACUCCUGCUAAACAACCCCCUCCUCCUCCUCCCCAUCAACCACCACCUCCUAAGCAAGGAAUGAAACAACCUUCCCAAGAAAAUAGUUCUCCUGCCACUAAACAAACUGCUCCUCCAGAAAAACUAGCCUCUACAAAACAAGCUCCUUCUCCAAAACAUGCUUCUCCUGAAACUCCACCAAAACAAGAUUCACCUCAAAAACAAAAUCCUCCUCCAAAACAAGCCUCAGCCCAACAGAAAACGUCUCCUCCAAAACAAGCACCGCCCCAACAACAGACGCCUCCUCCAAAACAAGCACCGCCCCAACAACAGACGCCUCCUCCAAAACAAGCACCGCCCCAACAACAGACGCCUCCAAAACAAGCCACACCCCAACAACAAUCACCAACUCCCAAACAAGCCCCGCCUCAACAGCAAACACCUCCUUCAAAACAAACCCCACCCCAAAAUUCUCCAAAACAAACCCCACCUCAAAAUUCUCCAAAUAAAGUCCCGCCCCAACAGCAAACUCCUCCAAAGAACGCCCCGCCCCAACAGCAAAUUCCUCCAAAGAAAGCCACGCCCCAACAGCAAACGCCACCUCCAAGACAAGCUUCUCCCCAACAACAGGCCCCUCCUUUGAAACAAGCUCCUCCUCCCCCACAACAAAGUACUCCUAAGAUGCAGACUACCACUCAGGCUCCAUCUUCAAAGCAAUCUGCUCCAGCCAAGGAAUCUCCAAAAUCGAGAAAAUAUUGUCAUUUUCAAGUGAUGGACAAGAGGUCACAAUAA